CAUCACUCUACGGCACCUCCACUCAUCGAUGCCGAUGCUGUCAGUCGAACACAUACUUGACCUCGAAGUAGGGCUGCCGACACCUGACGCAUAGCAAGCCACACACACACAUACACACCCCAAUGGACAGCCCUGCCCUGGCUGCGUGUCUGCGGCAAAUGGCCCUGCUCUGCUCGCUGAGGCAUCUACGUGUGUUCGGGGCAGAGUUUGUCUGCUGUCGGCAUGGGGGCCAUCCACUUCUCGAAACACUCCUGACACACAACCUGACAGACACACACAGCAAGACGACACACAGAGAUGCACAUGGAUGCGCUGCCCUCUCUCUCCCCUUCGACUCACUCACCUUGUGGCCGCACGGCAUCAGGACCACAUUGGUGGGGUUGACCAGACACAAGGAACAGUUGCUCGCCUGUGGACCAGCACCACCACCAUCACCACUAGCAGCAGCAGCAGCGGCUGCAGCGGCCGGCGCGGCACACCUGGCGUUUGCCUGUGCGGCCGAGCUGCUGCUGGGGUUAUCCAUUUGCCGUGAGAAGGGCACAGCUGCUGCUGCUGCUGCCGACGAGGAUGAUGAUGAUGAUGCACUUGCAUAUGGGCGUAGUUCUAUCUGCCGCUCGAUGGCGGCCUGGUGCAGCUGGGCGAGCCGGUGCUGCUCACCCACCGACGGCAGAUCGAGGGACGACACACCUUCGGCAGUGACACGGCUACACCACACACAGAUGAUGGAGAUGGACAUAAUCACGGCUGUUGUCGGUGUGUAUGUGUGUGGUUGGUUGCUGACCUGUGUGGUGGCUGUGCCGACAGCUGCUGCUUGAGCAUUAGGUUCUCACGCCUCAGCGGCGCCUCCGCCUCGCGCAGCCGACGCAGCUCGACGUCCUUCUCCUGAUCUACACGCGCUGACCUGCACACACACAUCAACACACAACACACAACGGAGUGAUAUGACAGCACCUGUCGGCGGAUUGCGUGUCCUCUCCCUCCCCUCACCUGAGUCGUUCUUCCCUCAGUCGCUGCCUCAGCUGAUCCCUCUCGCGCGUCACGUCGGCCAUGGCCCUCUCGGCCUCCCCGCGCACCUCACUCUCUCGCUGCUCGAUGGCCGUCCGGUGCUGCGCCCUCAGCUCCAAAAUGGCCGACCGGUGCUCGCCACGCAAAGCAUCCAGCUCCUCUCUGUGCUGCUUGGUGAUGAUGUCGAUGUGUGUCUUGGCGGCCUUGUCGGCCUCCUCCCGCACCUGCUGGCUCACUCGACGCACACGGUCGUCGGCACUGCACACACACAGGGAGGGGGGGACAGAGAGGAUAGUGGAUGGGCGUCUCCGUGUGUGCUGGUGUCCUCACGUCUUUUGCGCCUUUUUGAUUUGUUUGUCUCUGUCUUUGAGAAGGUCCUCGAGUGUGCUCCGCUGCGCAUCGGCCGCCUUGGUCUCCUCCUUAUGUCUCUCAUUAGCCGCCUCCAGCUGCUCAUUAGCCGCCUCCAGCUGCUCACUCAACCUACACAUACACCCGACCCCGCCCCCGAAGAUGCAGCAUGUGAUUGGUGGAUGCACGCCGACCCACGCCCGGCCCGCACCUUUUGAUUUCGCUCUCUUGUCGCUUGACGGUCUGGUUGAGCUGAUCCAUCUCCUUCUCACGUGCGCCGAAAGUGGUCGAGAAGUGUUCGAUGUUGGUCUGAAGGUUGCUGCACAAGCUGCUGAACCUUGAGAUGUUGGCCAGGGCCUCCUCUGUCUGUUGAUCCUUGUCGUAGGUGUCCCAGCGGGCCUCUUCCAACGACUGACAAGAUAAGACGGCACACGUGGAGUGGAGAUGUGCGUAGUGUACGUGUGUGUGUCCCCUCCCCCCCCUGUGUGUGCGAAGCGGUAAGGUCUGUCGUGUCCGCACCUUGUGUUUCAAGUGCUCCUCUGUGACAUUGAAGGCUUUAUACCUUUCUACAACCUCGGUCUCAGUGGCCGCCUCAGCCGAGCUCGCCGAGGGCGCGGGACCAUCCAGCCUGCAGCAACAGGAAUGCAUCCAUCCCCCCAUCCCCCACCCCAUCUGCCUUUGUGUGCGCACUUCUCUCCCGCCCUCCGUCCCUCACCCCGACGUCGUUGCGUCUUCUCCCGAUGUCGCGUCUCUCUUGGUGCUCUUGAAGGGUCCAGUGACCGACGCCACGAGUGCCUCUAGGCAGGGAAGGUACCGAUCCAACCUGCAAGAGUCCCAAGCCUCGUAGAGCUCGUCCGUGGUCAGCUCGCUGCGGUCGUCAAUGUCGUCACGCGACCCCACAGCUGGCGAGGUGGACGACUCGUCGCGCUCCACAAGGCGACACGCCGCUUCAUAGAGCUCCCCGGCCGCAACGAACACAUCCUACGAAGAGACAGACCGACAGAGCGACAGACGGACAGGCAGACAGGAGAGGAGUCGAUGGAUGGAACCAGUCAAGUGCUGGUGGCACAUGUGUGUGGUAUGCUACCUACCGAGCCGGCCUUGGUGAAGUUGCGGGCAUUCAACGCCAUAUCCUCAAUGUAGCCAAGCCAACGGAACCAACCGUCGAACUGCAUGACACAACACAAGACAGCGCCAGACCACAGGAUGGCCCGAAUUCGUCUGUGUGUACCUCCACACACAUACCCGCUUGGCGAAGUCAGGCACCAUCGUCUCCAGGUGACUGAUGCAGUGAACCGCGUCCUCUGGAUACAUGUGGGUGUACUCGGGGUGGGUGUACGGCUCGCGGAACAGACGCGACGACGGGUGGCGUCGCAGCGCAGCCGUGAUCGACAUCAUGUCCGCCUUCAUCUGACGCCUAUCAUCCUUGAUAGCCGCAGCCGUGGCCGUCACGAUGUCAGCCCCAGCCCUCAGCUGAUCCUUAAUAUUCUUGGGAGCCGCCGCUGCCGAGGGCGCGGGGGUCUGUUCAGCCGAGCUGCCGGGUGGUUUGCCCGUCUUCUUGGCGGCCUUGGACUUGGACUUGGCGGCAGGCAUUCUCCUUGAACCCUUCCCUGUACACCACACACGUCAAGGCAGGAUGUGUCGAUGCGUGUGUGGGUGUCUGGACGAGAUGUGCUGUGCUGUGGUGUGUUUGGUUUGUCUGGUGGCCCACCCUUGGCGGCAGGCUUGUCCGCUUCCUCAGCACGAUCGUCAGCCUCAGCUGCAUAAACACACAACAGCGGGGGCACUUCCGCCGGCUGUGGUGUACAUAUGUGUGUGUGUGUGUGUGUGUGUGAGCAGUCACCCUUGGCGACUUCCUCGCUGAUCUUGGCGAGGCCGUCGUUGAUAUCCGCCUCAGAAAGCCCCAUCUGGUGCAGCCUGCCACGGAGCGCUGCAUCCAUCGCGCACACACACAUGGCGGAAGUGUCGUGGGGUUAGCCGGCUGGCUGGCUGGCUGUUCCGUCCUUGACCCUUUUCCUGAGCUUGAUUGAGACUGACCUGAACUGAGGUCCGCCCUCAGCUGAUCCAUAUCAUCUGUAUCAUCUGCAGGAAAUGUAAAGGCCGACGCACUGCAUGGGAGGAAGCGAACAGACGGCAGACAAACAAACCGGCAGACAGACAGACAGGGAAUCCAUCGGCAUUCGGUCAACUGCCCCUGCCCCGCCCUGCGGCUCACUUGUUGGCGUCUGUGGGGCCCCUAGUGGCGGCCCCGAGUUCCUUCUGCAUGAGCUGCUGGCCUUUGCUGAGCUCACUGACGAAGGUUGUGUGCCACUGGGGCAGCCACUCGCCACGCACAUGCCGCAGCGGACCCAACGCAAAUACCGCCGACGGAUCACUGCACACACACAUAGCACAUGACACCCGCAUCAGCCACUGGUUGAGAUGCCCAUUCCCUCCGUUGCUCACCUCUGCAGUGCUGUUCGGUGGUCCAUGAAGAACUUCUUGACGGCUCGCAGGUAGGUCUCCCGCUCCUGGGCCCCAUCGCACUCACUCGACUCGCCGCCGCCCUCCGCCGCCCCCUCUUCCGCCUUCGGCUCGAGGAAUUUCUUGACGGUGGAUAGAGUAUCCUUGGACGGCGGUUUGUCGCCCUCUGUGGCCGACCUGACGGUGGCGACGUCGGGAAAGGCCGAACGAAUGGACUCAACUGUGACGGUGUCUGCGCUGCUGCUGCUGCUACUGCUGCUGCUGGGUGUGUAUGGGGUCCCGCUGUGCGGCUGCGGCCGGCCUUGUGUCGGUGUGGACGUGGGUGGUGUUGCUGGUGUGGCGGCAGUGGGUUUGGUCGUCUUGUCUUUGGGUGUGAAGAUGCCACGGAAGAUGCUGCUGGGGGCCGGCGGGGGCUCGCGAGGAGGAUCGGGGAGGCUGCCAAAGAGGCCGGGAGAGGCGGGGGUGCUGCUACUCGACCCGCUGGGCAGACAGAAAGGGGGGAGAGGGAGACCGAGUGCGCCCAGUCGCUCACAGUGCCUUGCCCUGUCCCAUUCUUUUGGCCUGUCUGGCUUACGUCUUGCCGAUGCCGACACGUUCGAACACAUUGCUCUUUCCCACUUGCUUGAACCGCACAAAGUCGCCUGGUCCAAAGCCUGGGAACAGCUCUUGAACGCUGAGCGGUUUACGAAGAGCACAGCCCAUCCAAGUGAGAAAAUCCAAGCGAUGCUUGUGGCAGCACUUGUGUGCAGCGGGGGGCCUACCGACCUGCUGUCUUUAUCUUUGAGGUAGCACGGCCCGCACAUGCGUGACCGUCCGUCCGAUACGACGAGGCGGCCCUCCCCUGCCUCUCUGAUGUAGUCGAAGUCCGCUGCCCCCAUAACGUCACCGAUGGGGCAACAGUACGGCAGAGGUUGGUCUCCGGCCAGGUCGUAUCCCUCCGCCGACUCGUGGCCGCAGACGUCGCACAUAAAGGAGCGCAGGUCGGCCCCUACGAUGCACACGGAUCCUCCUCUCCUUCGGCCGUUGAUCGGUCUUCCAGUGGCCAUGAGCUUCAGCAGCACCAUGAAGGGCCACUGGCUGAAGGGCUUCCUCACGUACUCGUCGCUCACACGAACGCACCCCCGGUCGACUGCCUCCUUCUCUCCAUCGCUGACGCGCAGAGGAGGCGAUCGCUUGCUGCUGGUGGUGGUCGUCGUGGUGGUGGUGGUAAGCUGCUCCGUGUGCCGUGCCGAGGGGGGCAGGUGCUGCAUGACUUCAGCAUCGAGAUAGAAGGCCAGGUCCCGGACGGCGGCGCCCUUGCCGGCCUCCCGCUUGGCCAGGUGCUGUGUGCAGUCAUUCAGUGACCUGCACGCCACCGGCUGCUCUGUCCCGAGGAUCAGCACCGAGUACGGCCGCCCUGUCCGUUUGUCGAGGGUCGACCAUGGGACGAGCCAAUCCAGCGGAAGCGUGGCCGUCAUCUCCAGAGUAGCUUCCACCAGCUCAUUCUUGCCCUCAUCCACAGAGUACCACUCAUCCGUCUCGAAGGCAGGGCUGCACAGGAGGGGAUCGAACAACAAACGACCCCCUGGCAUGUCGGCGUCGCCAGGACCGACGGCAAGCAACCGAGGGGUCGGUCGCUGGGCUGUCGCUGGCUCGUACGCUACCCACACGACUCUUGAUUCGUCGUCGAAUACAGGCUCAGUGGUCGGAUACAGCAAUCGCUCGAAGAUCACGUUCUCGCCCACAAAGGCAAGUGCACCAUCGGGCGGCGCCACGAGCGUCGCUUGCUCGUCCUCUGUGGGGCGGAUGACAUAGCUGCCGUUGAGGGCCGCGAGUGAGCCAGAGGCACCGCUCACGGUGAAGGACCCAGGACGUAUGGGGCCCUCUCCCUCUCCCAGUGCACAGUCAGCCGCCACAGACUCGUCGAGGACGGCGUCCCACGUGUUGGAAUCGCCCCUUGUGUCGAUCGGCCCCUUGUCGACUCUGAAGAGCUCCAGCAGCCGCAUGAGGCCGUCAGCAGGCAGUAGACGUGCCUCGACAGAUCGGUGGUAGGUUGAUAUGGAUUGCUGCAGCACCAGCUGGACGGGGUCGAUGGCCGGGGGGAAGACAGGGAGAUGAACACUACCUGGGGCGGUGGGGGCGGUGGUGGUCGAUGGCAGCUCAGCGACAGCUGCCCGCCACAUUGGAUCGAUGGUAUCGAUGAACAACGGAAAGUCAGCCUGAUCGACACGCCAACAUGGCACUGCACGUGUGAAGUCUCGUUGCCUGCCUUUCCCUCCCUCGCUCACCUCGAGCUGGUCGGCAAUGUCCUCGAUGAGGGUGACGAGAAACCCCCACAUCUUGACCGACAGCAGCUUCUGCAGAUGCGCCUCAGACGCCAUCUGCAAAGCCAUCUGACGGACGGCCUUGACGCAGGCGUCGAGCCUCCCCUCCCUGCUGGCCUGCUGCAGCGUGUCCAUGCGGACCCCCCUGCAGACUUGGACACAGAGAGUCUCCCUCAGCCUGUAACAUCUCCUGUAGACACUCGCGGCGAAUAUCUCCUGAGCGGGAAACCGGGUGAAGAUGGCCCUGAGGUUGAUGGGAUGGCUGGCGUCUGCAGAUAGUAGGAGAAGGUUGGUAGUAAGACGGGCGGCCGCAAGCAGACUUUCAAGUCGAGCUGCAGCCUCCUCCUCCCCCUCCUCGACCGUCAAGUCGCUGUCUUCAAGGCCGUUCACACUUGCAGCACCGCGCUUCACGCCCUGGCGCAACCAUUAAAUAGAGUAAGUGAGUCGUUUGACACUGCAAUGUUGUUUUCCCCCAGCCUACCCUCUCGGGCGCAUCACGGCUUAUGGCAGAUGGCACGGAGGGCCGACGAGUGCUCGCUCUAAGCCUCGACCUCCUCACUCGUCUCUGCGCCGCUGUUGUGCGCUCCUCCCCGGCCGUGGUGCCGUCACCACUGUGCGCAGAUGCAGAGGCAGCUACGGCUUGGUCUCCUUCCAUUGGACCCGUUGCACGCACGCUCUUCUUCCCUGUCGAUAAUCUACAAACACACAGAUAGAUCGUGGUCUGGAAGCCUGCCAAGCUGCUCACACGACGUCUACCUCGGAGAUCUGCGGUCUGCUCGAGGAUCG